CUGCGUGAAUCACAAAUCAAGUCAAUCAACCUUAAUUUUUAAUUACACUAAUUUUUCAGAAUCAUUUUCAGAAAUGGUUUUUAGCUAAAUUUUGCGCUAACAAUGAAGUUUCUAAUGUAGAAUCCCCCGUUUUUCUUCCUUAUGAUGAGAUCCUCCUUCCUUUCCCUUCCUAUGGCGUCGACAUAUUUGUUUGUUGUGUAGAGCUGAAUAGCACGUGGUUUUAAAUUCUUUUCAAGUUCAGGAGUGUUAGGGUGCACAGAUUUUACUGGUCUUUUCGCUAUGGCGAAUAUACAUCCGAAGCUAGUAAACUUUAACAUCCUCAAUUGGUCCGGGAUCUUGGAGUCCGAAGAAACUGUGUGCCAGUUUUUAUCCGAAAUGGGGGUUGGUCCUGACCCCAAAGAGUGCCCGCCAUGCUCUUCUUGCAACGCUGUCACAAUUGCGCAAAAGGAUAAGUCAAGAAAAUAUGGUUUUACGUUUAUGUGCAGGAAAUGCAGAACUAAGACUCAUCCUGGGAAGAAUACUUUCCUGGAAGGUGUUAGGAUACCUUUUCGGGAAGUUUUUGCUGUGAUUGUGCUUUUUGUUCUCAAGUUUCCCUUGACGUCUGUUUAUGAUCACGUGUGUGCGUAUCGACGGUCCAUUGAAGCUAAAGCAACUACAAUGUCCACUGAGACUGUUGUAAGUCUUUACGCCAGUCUCAGAGAGGUAGCAGAGAUUAUCGCAUCCCACCACUGUUGGCCCCUGGGAGGUCCUAGAAAAGCCAUCCUCCCUUUCGUCACAACAAAGAAAUAUCGGACAGGACGUCAAGCACAGCCAGAGAGUUACAGUGUUCUUGGUCUUUUUUGCAAGGAAGAUAAAGACGGUAUAUUCUUGAUGAUGGAUGGGCAGAAACCGAAAGACCUCUUGCCGUUGAUAAAAGGAUACUGCCACCCAGAUGCCAGUGUCGGUCAUUCCUCUGAGUCCAAGCAGCAAUAUCAUUUUGACCUUGAUUAUGAUUGGGUUGACACCAAAGAAACGCGGAAAAGCGAGAACCACCAGACUUCGAAAGCACACAUGGCAUUGGAUAUUUACCGUCGGGUACGACUGCAACCUUUGGAAGACAAUGGCUCUCGCAUCGAUCGGUUUCUCAGGGACAUUGCAGCAGUAUACCCUGGUUGGAAGAAGGAAGGUCUACGGCUUCGAAAUAUUGAGACUCCUCCAAAGUCAGACAAAGAGUUGACACCCAGUUGUAAGGUCCCUAAAUUCAAAUCUAAUAAGGUCUCUAAAUUACAAUCUAGUGUUGAUUCAGAAAAUUUGACGCCCAGUGCCAAGGCUCCCGAGUUAAAAUCUAGUGUUGAGCCAGAAAACUUGACGCCCAGUUGCAAGUUCCCAAAUUUAGAAUCUAGUGUUUAUUCAGAAGAUUUGACGUCCAGUUGCAAGGUCCCUAAGUUGGAAUCUAGUGUUGAUUCAGAAGAUUUGACACCCAUUUGCAAGGUCCAAAAGUUAGAAUCUAGUGUUGAUUCAAAAGACUUGACACCUAGUUGCAAGGUUCCAAAAUUAGCAUCUAGCGUUAAUUCAGAAGACUUGACGCCCAGUUGCAAGGUACCAAAGUUAGAACCAAGUGUUGGUUCAAAAGACUUGACACCCAAUUGCAAGUUCCCUAAGUUCGAAUAUGUUUCCGAUUCGGACAACGAGGAUUUAUCUUUUGAUGAUGACAAGUAUGACUACCUGGAAUAUGCGUUACAAUGAGGUUCAUAUUUGAAAAGAGGAUGGAUCA